AUGACUCUCCUGACGACGAUUGGUCUAGUGCUUACUCUGCUCGCCCCCUUGGCGUCUUGCUACUCCAAAUUUUCCCGUCCUCCGGAGUGGGAUUCAGAGCAAGAUGCCGAUAGAGACAUGUUACUCAACCAACACUACGACGCAGGAGAUAAGAUUCCGAUUCUCUACGAGACAAAUUUGAAAAACACCGAACUCUGGAUUUAUCAAGUUCUGGACGACAUCGAUGGUGGUGCUCAAAUAGAAGGAACAGGAACCUAUUGGCAGGCUCAGUACGACAUUGCAGGUGCAUUAAGCGACAAUGAGGACUCGGUUUACUAUUUCCAAUUAUAUGAACCUGACGAUAAAUCUCAACUUGCCAGAUCCCAGUAUAUCAAUGUUAGCGCGCCGAUCAGCGAGACGCCCGUGAGUGUAUCGGUAUCUACGUCUAAGAUCUCGACAUUCUCGACAGAACCAUCUACACUGCAAACAUCGACAACUUUAGCCAGCAACUCCAACACUGCGCCAACCGACUCGUCCUCGAGCGAUGAAACCGAUUCCUCGUCAGAAACAAAGUCAAGCCCCGGACUAUCUUCGGCAGCGACCGGAGGCGUGGCUGCUGGUGCAGCUAUCGGUGGACUUUUGAUCAUUGGAGGCAUUGGAUGGCUGGCUUGGAGGAGGCUGGCGAGGAAGAAGCAAGAUAGGCCAGUGUCUGAACUUCCUGCUGAUCUUCCUCAGCAGCAUCAUCUUGAUCCUCCUCAGGCCAAAGCGGAGCUGUCAGGAGACCCUGGCAUAUACCCUACAGGCUAUGCAAGAAGCACCCCGGGGAUCCACGAAGCACCGUAA